AUGAAAUACUUUUUUAAUAAAGAAACAAACACUGUUAAAUAUUAUCCUGUAAAAGCCAGUUGGAGGAAAUAUAUUGGACCAUUGGAAUACUUCCUUUCUCCAGUUUUCGUAAGAGGGGGACUGUGGUUUAAAGGAAAAAUAGAUGUUGAAAGGUUUAUUAAAGCAAUGGGAAAUGCAUUAAUAGAAUACGAUUUCUUUUUAUCAUUUUUAUACAGAGAUGAAAAUGGACAGUUUUAUGCAUGCUACCCACCAAAGAGCAAAGAGAGUGAUGGCCAACAGCAAUUGGAAAUUGAAAAAAGACAAGAUUCCAUUGAAUGUUCUGCAUUGGAAAUGAUACUACCAAAGAAGAUUAUCAGUCCUGCACAGUUUUCGGGGUUUACUCCAUAUUUAAAAGGAGUUUCGAUAGGUGCAUUAAAGUUAACAGUCUUUAGUGAUGGCUUUGUGGUUGGUUACAAUGUAAACCAUACAUUUUUUGACCAAGCUGGUAUCUUUUAUUUCUGUAAAUAUCUGUCCCAUUUAUAUACAUAUGGUUCAAUGGGAAUAGAAUUAAAGAAUCCAUAUAUUUUUGACUCUGUAUCUUUGGAAAAUGAAAAUAUUAGACUUGAUAAUGUUAAUGAAGCAAGAGAAUAUGGCGUUUCGAAACUAGGGGUUUUCUAUACUCCCAUUUCUAACUCGGUUUCUCCUGAUGAUGGUGGUGUUGCUGAAUGUUUCUCUAAAAAUUCACAAAUUAAUUUGAUGUUUGAUUUGAAGAGGGGAGCAGCUCUUUCAAAGGGUGAUAUUAUUAAUGCUGUCUUGUUUAAAGUCUAUACUUUUACAUCGAGUUUGUCUGAUGACCAAGAUUUUACUAUGGUAUAUUCAAUCAACAUUAGAUCUAAAUUGGGAUUAGGACAAGAGGCCAUUGGUUAUUUGGUUCAUCAUGGCAAAAUGAUAUUGAAGGUCAAUGACAUAAGAGAAAAGAGCCUGCUUGACUUGGCAAAAAUUAGUCGUGAAAGUGUAUUGGCAAUCACAAUGGACCAAUUCAAAGAUGAUUACAGCUAUUACAAGUGUUUACAGGAAAAUGGAGAGAAUAUGUUGGAUUAUGUUGGAAAGCCAAUGUUUAAUUAUUCGCGUGUUACCAACUGGACAAGCUUUGAUUACCACAACAUCCAAUUUGACGAUGUUGUUCCAUUUUCAUUAAGAACACCAUGCAUUACUAGAUACGGGUAUAAUAUUAUUUCUUUUAAUGUUGAUAAAAACGAUGGUAUUAUUGAAAUUGGAAAAAGUUUUAUUGAAAAUUAUAAUACCGAAAGAUAUGAAUCCACACUUAAACCUGAAGCUAUAAAGAAAAAAAGAUCAAGAGCUGAAUUUUUGAAUGAAGCUCGUUUCAAUAUCCAAGUAAUUGCAACAGCUUAUAUUCAUUUUAAAAAUAGCUAUGGAAAUGAACCAUUUUUAAUAUCUAUUGAAGUUAAUAGUAUGGACGAAAAGUGGGAUAACUGUUGCACAAUUAGAGAACAUCAAGCAAUUAGUUUAGGUGGUAGUGUAUUAGAUGCAUUUAAUUUUACCAAAGAAAACGAAUUGAUGUCAAUUUUUAAAUACAUUGGAAAUGAUAUUGAAAGACUUUCAAAAAUGGCACAAAAAUUGGAAGAAUUUGAAUCAUUAAUUUGCCAUUCCGAUAGUGUUUUUGGGCCAAGAUUAAGGAAAACUUGGGUUCAAUUCAAAUGUGGAGAAAAUCACAAAUACUGUGAAAAGAUAGAAAAACUUGCAAAAGAUAACAAUUUUUUCCCAGAAGAUAUAAGUCUUCUUCUUAGAGCUUAUUUUUUUGUAUCCCCAUUUUAUCAAGGAAAUCAUAUUGGUUCAAAUUUUUUUUAUGAAAUUAUUGAAACCCAAAAGGUAAGACCAAAAAAAAUUACUCUUAUAUCAAAAUCAACCAAACAAGCUACAGAGUUUUGGUUUUCCAAAAUAGGAUUUCUAAAAGAUAGUAUCCUUUCAAAUAAGGGAACUAAAAAGGUUACACUUGAUGUUGUAGAUGACUUUUUAAAACUUUUAAAAAAGUCAUAA